AAAAGUUUGUAUGUUUUACUUUCGGAUACAAAUUCUUAUGCAAAUAUUCGUAAACUCUGCUUGUCCAAGUGUAUAUAAAUAACAUGGUUUUCUUGGCCUUCAAGUGCAAUAACUAGCUAGUUCAAACACCAAAAGUAGUGCAAUAAUAACUAGCUAAAGAAAAUGAGUCCAAAUAAGUCAAGUUGUCCGUCUGUAGUUCUGGUUGUGAUAAUUCUGUCAUGUCAAAGUGUUUAUUCUCAGCUUCAAGUGGGUUUUUAUAGUAGAUCAUGUAGUUUAGCUGAAUUUAUUGUUGAAGACGAGGUUAGGAAAGGGUUUAUCAGGGAUACAGGAGUGGCUGCUGGACUUGUGAGAAUGCACUUCCAUGACUGCUUUGUUAGAGGGUGUGAUGCCUCAGUGCUCAUCGAUUCCACUGCCUCAAACACAGCAGAAAGAGAUGCUCCUCCAAAUAAUCCAAGUCUACGAGGAUUCGAAGUCAUUGACAGUGCCAAAGCUAGACUUGAAGCUCUAUGUCAAGGUGUUGUUUCGUGUGCUGACAUACUUGCAUUUGCAGCGAGGGAUAGCAUAGAGAUGACUGGAGGGCUUGGUUAUGAUGUUCCUGCAGGAAGAAGAGAUGGAAGAAUAUCAUUAGCUUCGGAGGCCAAUACAAACUUACCUGGUCCAACACUCAAUGUAAACCAACUCACCCAAUUUUUUGCAAACAAGGGCUUUACACAAGAAGAAAUGGUUACCCUCUCCGGAGGACACACAAUUGGGAGGUCACAUUGCACUUCAUUCAGCAGCAGAUUGUACAACUUCAAUGCAACAUUAAAUCAGGACCCAAGUUUAGAUCCAAUAUAUGCAGCUCAGUUGAAGCUACAGUGCCCUCAAGGCAACACAAAUCCAAAUCUAGUGGUUCAGAUGAACCCUUCUUCUCCAACUAUCACUGAUACAGGAUACUACAUUGACAUUCUAGCCAAGAGAGGCUUGUUCGAAUCAGACCAAACUCUCCUCUCAAAUGCAGCAACAGCAAACCAAGUGAAUCAAAAUGCUAGAAAUCCUAUCCUUUGGAGAAGCAAGUUUGCUGCUGCAAUGGUUAAGAUGGGUCAACUUGGUGUUCUCACUGGCAGUGCUGGUGAGAUUCGAGGAAAUUGCAGGGUCAUUAAUUAGUUAAAAGGAGGGAAUUAAGGGGCUUGACAUUGCUAUGUGUUCUUAUUAUCAUGGUAGCUAUAUUGAAAGGUCAAACUGGAUAUUCAUAGUUGGAAUUUCUAAUUCUAAGUUUGUUUUCUUUUGCUUGUAUUUGUGCAAUUAUAAUACAAGCUCUAAAACGACUCAAGGCAGAAAAAAAUAAAAAAUUAGUUCCAUAUAUAUUUUGCUUGUUCCAAUAUAAUAUCGUGGAAUAUGAUUCAGAUAUAUAUAUAUAUA